AUGAUGCUAGCUACGCGCUUCCGGCAGGUGCUCUCGGGCAUCUGUACGUCCCUAGCGGGUCUUUCCUUCGCCCCUGAGCCGGCAGCACUAGCGACAACUACACCUCCCACCCUCUUAUCGCGCUCUCCUCGCCGCGCGCAUCAAACUAACCGUUUUAGGAUAGGUUCGUUUAAUGUCCAGUCGUUAGGUCCUAACCACCGCCACGUACGACAUCACGACGAUGAACUUCAGCUGCUCUCUGAGGCCCAGCGGGCGCAUCAGCUUCGAAUCUACAACGGCUGCGCCGCUAACACGAUCGAGAUCCGAGCCGCCCGCAACAAGAUCCUCCAUCAACUCCGAGCGCGAUGCCGAGCCAUCGCAUCUCGCAAACUGGACGAGCGGAUUACACGCAUCGAAAAUCUGAGCGACUCGGCACGAAUCGGAUUCCGCAAACACAGAAGCACUGCUGACGCCGUGUGGGCGCACAAAUGGCUCUGUGCCCGCGUGCAACGCUAUCGUGAAACCAUACAUGUCCUCGGCAUCGACCUCUCGCGCGCGUUCGACACAAUCGACCGCGUCAAGCUUGUAGAAGUACUCCAGACAUUCUUACACAACGACGAGGUCCGAUUGAUCAAGGUUUUGCUCGCCGACACCAAGCUCUCUCUGCGCUCCGGGUCCAAGGCACAACACAGCUUCGAUAGCAACAUCGGAACGCCGCAG